AUGUCAAAUGUCGAUCUACCGAGCGAUGGCCUCAUCGUCGACUACGAUUCAAGAGGCUAUCUCCCGCAAUCAUGGCCCGUGGCGGUCGACCAGAACCCUCCGCGCUCCGAGAACACCCAUGACCUCUCACCUCUCCAAACCAGCGGUCACCCACUGGAACAGUCGGUGGCCCAGGAUCCCAACCUGAUGGUCGACUGGCACUUCCACCAACACCUUCAACAGACCCCUCACCAGCACCCCCAAUUACCAUACUCGCCCGAGGACCCGUCGUCAGCACCCCAGUUCACCACCGCCAGCUACGGCAUGGCUAUCCAGUCGUCCCCAGUGGAUCUCAUGUCGGCCGGCCCGCAAGGCCAAAUGAGUGCUGGUCUCCUCGAUGGUUCCUACCAUCUACCACUCUCGGCUCCCGUCGACAUGGUGCCCUUCACCUAUCACGACUUCCAGGCAGAUUUGAUGACAUUCAGUGGACUGCCCGAGGUUCCGUAUGGCGCCCCACAUCCACUUCUGGAGAGCAGUUCCCCGACAGACACCUAUCUGGAGGUCCGUUCCCUGUCCAGUAGCGACAACGGCUGGAGCACAGUGGAUCACCGCCGCUCGCUGGACUUUGGGUUUCCCGAGCAAGGUAUCUUCGUCAACCCUACCCAGACCCUGCACGACCGCAGUCUCUCAGAAUCAUCCUACUCGACGUCUUACGGCAGCUUCGUCGACAUUGCCCACCCGAUCGGUUCUCCAGGUUCGGACGGAAACAUGGAUCUCCCGUACCAUAACCCCAGUGCUGCGUUGAGCCUGGCUACCUCGCCCACCAGUACCUCUAUGGUCCGUCGCGUAACGGAGGAGCAAUCUUCUUCCCCUGGUGCUGGUUCUCGAUCCCCGUCAGCUGUCAGCCCCAGUGCCAUGGUCCGCCCAAUCCCAGUCCCCAUCAAGAAGUCAACAUCGCCCUCCCGGUCAUCUGGCUCUCACUCUUCAGCCUCACCCCCGAGCAGGAAACCAUCCCGCAAGAGCCCCAUUGCGGCCAAGACGUCCGAGACCAAGGUUCGCAAGCAGUCUCAAACCGGCAAGCCCGAGACCGAGAAGCGUGUCGGCAAACGAAAGGGUCCUCUCAAGCCCGACCAGCGUAAGCAGGCCAGCGAGAUCCGGAAGUUGCGUGCCUGCCUGCGUUGCAAAUUCCUCAAGAAGACUUGCGAUAAGGGCGAACCCUGUGCCGGCUGCCAGCCAUCGCACGCCCGCUUAUGGCAGGUGCCGUGCACUCGCAUUGACAUCAAAGAGAUUGGGUAUUUCAUGAAGGACUGGAAGGCGGACUAUGAGCGACAUAUCUCGAUGGGAUUCUCGGUCGGGAAUAUCAAGGGGUUUUCGGACCAGGAGCGCACGCUGUACAUCACCCACGGGUAUGGGCAGAUCCUGCCCAUUGCCGCGCGCGAGGUCUUUGUCCGGGACGAGCAGUGCUUCACCAUUGACUGGGUCGAGUCGAUGCACCGCGAGCCGACGGAGUACGAGGUCGAGACCGCUAAGCUCUCCGCUGGCAUGGAGGGUAUCUCGCAUGCCAUGCUGUCAGACUACCUGGACCGCCAUAUCGAUGGUAACGGCACCUUUGAGAAGUUCGUGGAUGACUACUUCGAGGGCACGCCGUUCUUGACCCAGAUGCUCAAGACUGCCUUCCGGUACUACUACCGCACUAAGCUGCCCGUGAUCCGCAAGGCCCUCAAGCUGAUUAUUGCCUACAACUUGACCCUACAUGUCACUAUGGUCGAGGGGCUGGGUGAUGAGGGCGGCUUCCUGGGCCGGAUCAACGAGCCGGGCUCCAAGUUCCGCGGCAAGACCAUGGCCCCGGUGAUGAUCAACUUCCAAAUCAAGUGCGCUAUGGCGAGUAUGUGGCGCGAGCUGCAGAAGGAUGUGCUAGAGGAGCUGUCGGCACUGUACUCCAGCGUGUAUAGCGGUGAUAAGUUGAAAAACUGGCCCACCAUCUUCGUGCUGGCCUCGAUUCUGUUGGCCGUCUGGGAGGAGAUGCAGUUUGACUGCCAUUACCGGACGCCCGACCAGGCCGCCGUCGAUAAAUUCUGCAAUGACAUGGAAACGACCCCCGUCGGUGUCAUCGUCGGUUUGUUCCAGGCUAUCUCGCAGAAGCUGCCCCCCUUCACCGAGUGGGACUCGCAGAAGCACCACCAGCUGCUGUACUCCAACCCUGAUGUGUGCAAUACGAUGACCGAAGUGCGCCAACACGUUGAGCAGCACGGUAAGAACCCCAUCCACAUGCCGAAAUGCCACUUCAUCCACAGACCGGCAAUGCUAACUCCACUCCCAGAGAGCUACUUGCGCGGCCGCACCGGCACCAAGUUCAACCGCGGGGACUUUGACUGCCUGUCGAACAAAUUCGUGUCCCGCCUCGUGAUCCGUGCCAACUAG